UCUGGAACUCUGUGGCAGGGAUGAGGGGGAUGCAGAGGGAGGGAAACCGACCAGAGAAGAGACAACCAGCCCAGGCUGGCCGGCACUGAAAGCCGCCUCUCCCUGCAGCUCGGCAGCGAUCUGGACCGUAUCCGGGGUUCCAGAAAAGGCAGAGGUUCUUACCUAAAGCAGGGGAGGAAGCUGCAGCCCAGGGAGGUCGUGACUUGCCAGGAAGGCGGCUCGGGCCAGGCUGCGCUCAAAACCCGCGUGUCCCGGGAUCCCCAGUCCCUGCAGAAUGACCCACCAGGAUCUGAGCAUCACCGCCAAACUCAUCAACGGAGGCGUGGCAGGGCUCGUGGGGGUGACCUGCGUGUUCCCCGUCGACCUGGCCAAGACUCGGCUGCAGAACCAGCAUGGGAAAGCCAUGUACAAAGGAAUGAUCGACUGCUUGAUGAAGACGGCGCGGGCGGAGGGCUUCUUCGGCAUGUACCGAGGGGCUGCAGUGAACCUCACUUUGGUCACUCCAGAGAAGGCCAUCAAGCUGGCGGCCAAUGACUUCUUCCGGCAGCUGCUCAUGGAAGAUGGGAUGCAGCGGAACCUGAAGAUGGAGAUGCUUGCCGGGUGUGGCGCUGGGAUGUGCCAGGUGGUGGUGACCUGUCCCAUGGAAAUGCUCAAGAUUCAGCUGCAGGAUGCUGGACGCUUGGCCGCCCAUCAUCAGGGCCCGGCCUCAGUGCCCUCCUCCAGGUCCUACACAACUGGUCCGGCUUCUACCCACAAGCGCCCCUCUGCCGCCCUCAUUGCCUGGGAGCUGCUCCGCACUCAGGGCCUGGCGGGGCUCUACAGGGGCCUGGGUGCCACUCUCCUCAGAGACAUUCCCUUCUCCGUCAUCUACUUCCCGCUGUUUGCCAACCUUAACAACCUGGGGUUCGACGAGCUCGCCGGUAAGGCGUCCUUUGCACAUUCCUUCACGUCAGGCUGUGUGGCAGGUUCCGUGGCUGCGGUCGCAGUGACGCCUCUGGAUGUUCUGAAAACGCGAAUCCAAACCCUCAAGAAAGGCCUGGGUGAGGACACGUACAGCGGGAUCACCGACUGUGCCAGGAAACUCUGGAUUCAGGAGGGACCAUCUGCCUUCAUGAAAGGCGCUGGCUGCCGGGCGCUGGUCAUAGCACCUCUCUUUGGGAUUGCUCAGGGGGUCUAUUUCAUUGGGAUUGGAGAGCGCAUCUUAAAGUGUUUUGAGUAGACAGAGCUGGCGCCCAAGUCCCUGCACUCGCGGUCCUGUCUCUAGCCCAUUUUACUUAGCCUAGAGGGGACAAGGGCAGGCGAGGCCACCCUGGCCUGUCCAGUCCUCUGCGUGUACGCUGUAGCGCUACCUCAGUCUCGGGGGAGACAGCCCUCCUCUAACAGCACGCUGAGCACAGCCUUCUCCUUUCCCGUGUGGGCACGGCUACCUGGGGCUUUCGGAAGCCCGUAACCACCUGCUUUUCAAUAAGAAUAGUACCUGCUUUAGUUGUAUUAAUUGCAGGACUUUAACAGGUUGUCAAGACAGAAGGGCUGUUUCUAUGUUUUAGCAUUUCUGUUUCUUCUGUUUCACAAACUCGGCAUUCUGGAGUCGGCUUGAGGAUUUCCCUGUUAAUCUUGAAUUCCAUAACUUAUGAUGAAUCCUAGCACUGAUUUUGAGGAAAAGGAGGAUCACAGGUGCAAGGGACCAUGAAAAACCUCAAAGACAGCACCGAGUUUGAGACCAGGCACCCUUUCAAAUCCUCGGAUGGCUGAGGGCUGAGGCUGGCUCCGGCUGAGCAGCCCGGCCCCUCCCCCAGAGCCCAGGCUCUCGAAGACCACCCCUCCUUUCUGCAGAACACUAUUUGAAAUAAAGGUGAACGGU